UAAUAUAUAAACAAACACCCCUUCUAUUGUAGAAUCCAUAGUUUUCAACCCAAUUCAAUUCCUCACCUCUGUAUGGUAAUCCUUCUGUCCAAAGACAAGAUUUUUAUCUCCCGCCGCGAUCUUCCGAUGUCGAUGUCUAUUCUCCACGACGAACCAAUCACCGGAGAUCAAUCGGCGCCGCCACCGAAGCGCCACGCGACGAGUCUAUCAACGAAGAUUCUUUCGAAAAUCCUCGUAGGUCUUAUCAUGAUCCCUGUAGCCGCGACCGCCUUGCUCUUCAUCCUCAUGUCUCUCAGCUUCUCUCUCUUCUUCUUCUCUCUCUACUGGUUUCUCCACCGGAACUACCGUCGUCGCGAAUCCUCGGAUGGGUUGUUGUCUCCUAGAUGCGUGGAGAGCCUUCCCCAGUUCAAGUUUUACGAGCAGACGCUGUCCGUAAGCGAGUGCGUGGUCUGUAUCGACGGGUUCAGACGAGGACAGUGGUGUCGGAAGUUACCUGGAUGCGGACACGUGUUUCACCGCAAGUGUGUGGAUUUCUGGUUGGUCAAAGUCGCGACUUGUCCGAUUUGCAGGGAUAGGGUUAUAGAGUAGUGUAAGAAGAUGGAGCCAAAAAGGUGAAGUGUUGAAAGUGUUUUAUAGUUUUUUUUGUUUUGUUUAUCGAGUUUGUUAUGAUUAUCAUGUUAGUAGUAACUUUGGUUUUUUUAACAUGUACAGUUCUUUUACACAGCUCAGAAUCGAAGCUUUGUGAUGUAUUGGUU